AUGACAGACCUCCUCCAAAUCCUCCCUUCCUUCCAUCUCCGACCUUUUGCCGCUCUCAUUCCCGCCAUUGAGCAAAAUGCGCUCUCGACAACAGAUCUUCUGACUCUUCAUCCUACCGACAUCGCAAAACAGACGCGACUCCCUAUCCUCGAUCUCAAGCGUCUCAUAGCUACAAUCUCAGCCUCCCUUUCCGACGAUCUCAGCCCACAGCAGCCUCUUAUAGAAUCAGAGCCUGCUCCUGACUCCAGCCCGGGGAAGAAUGUCAUCAGUACUCUUGACGAUGGCCUCGAUGCUGCUUUAGGGGGCGGCGUGCCUGUGGGUGCAGUGACGGAGUUCACUGGUGAAAGCGGCGCUGGAAAGACCCAGGUCUUGUUAUCUUUAUGUCUUGCCGUCCAACUCCCUUCACCACAUGGUCUGGGCCGUGAAGCUCUCUACAUCUCCACCGAAGCCACAAUGGCAACGAGUCGUCUCGCUCAGAUGCUCAAGUCCAAUCCCAUUAUACAGCAAUACGAUCAAGGUGCCCGCCCUUCCCUUGACGCUAUCCAUAGCACCGUCACUCCAGAUCUGGAAACACAAGACCAUAUUCUCAAUUUUCAAGUCCCUGUUCUGCUAUCUCGUCAUCGAAUAGGACUCAUCAUUCUUGACUCUGUGGCCGCCAAUUACCGCGCCGAAUUCGAGCGUCAGGGCUCUCACGGUUCUAACAUGGCCGCUCGGAGCGCUGAGCUCGUCCGUCUCGGGGCCCUUCUCCGUGAUUUAGCUCGCAAGCAUAAUAUCGCCGUUGUAGUAGCCAACCAAGUCGCCGACCGUUUCUCCUCCAGCUCAGCAUUACGGCACAUACCUCCUAGAAGCAGUGGCGCCGUCUGCGAGAGUCCCCUUGCUUCACGGAGUAUGCCUCCACCAUCAUCUAUAAAUCUCCCCAGCACUCCGUCGUCAUCAUCACCUUUCGGUCCACAAGACCCUGAUGGUCCACCACCGCCUCCAGCGCUGAUGCUUGAUCAUCAGCAGCGCUGGUUCACAGGCUGGGGUGACGACCCUCACGCCUCAUACUCGCUCAAGACGCCCAGUUUAGGUCUUGUUUGGUCAACGCAAAUUGCUUGUCGAGUUGCACUGUUCAAACGACCUGUUUUCGGGCGUAUAAGACAAGCUGGGCCGCUAACUACGGAGGACGAUUCUGACUUGGCAGCCCCGACAUUACGAGGAUGGCGCAGAUGGAUGAAGGUUGUCUUUGCGCCUCAUACACCCUCAACAGGUCAGGGCCUACACGGAGCGAUUGAGUUUGAGGUCACCAUGGGCGGAUUAAAGUCUGUACAGUCCCAAAAGACGAAAGACAAGGAAUAA